AGGGUAUACGUAUAGUGUAAAAUUAAAAAAUUAUAAAAUACUUUAAUAAUAAUGGUAAUACUAGAAACGGCGCGAAAGUAAACAAUUUGCUGUGAAUUUGCUUUUGCUACUAUUUGACAAAUGAAACAAAAAAAAAAAACAUUUUAACCCAUUGUAACGACCGACGAUAAUUUUUAUUGUAAAAAGAAUGCCAAGAAGAAAAGUAAUUGUGAGAAAUGUAACAUGGCUUUCAGAAGAAAUACCCAGCGAACAAAACUUCUCCAAUUCCUUCCGUUUCUAUCAGAAAUUCCAAUUUAAGGAUAUUAUUGGCGAAAUCGGCGAUUAUGUUUUAAUAUCAAAUGCUGACGCAGCUGAACCAGACACAGAAGGAGGUUGUGAUGCUGCUAAGAUACUAACUUUAUAUGAGGAUCAAUCGAAUAAUAAUGAUCCAUUUAGGGCAAAAGUUCAGUGGUAUUCCAGGCCUAGUGGUUUACCUAAAGAAUGUAACAUGGAUAAUAUUGUAUUCUAUGACAGAGAGGUAAUAGAAGAUCAUCGUCCAUUUGACACAGAUGUGUCCAUAGAAACGAUAUUUAAAAAAUGUGAUAUUACUUUCACAUUUACAAAGGACACAGAUGAAAUUCUAAAUGGUAAACUAUCAUACAUUUGUCGCUACAGACUCAUGCCAGUCAGUAGAAAAAAGUUUCAUAUUGAACCAGUACUGGAAGAUGAGAGAAAGGCACUUAAACUUUUAACUACACCUAGUAAGAAUAAUGUUACACCUAAAUCAAGAACACCUAAAACACCGAGUAGCUUAGUCAAGAGAAUGGGUAGAGUUUCAAUAUCAGAAAAAAAUUGGAGUGUAAGUAAAAAUGAUGGGACUAAGAUUUUACUGAAAAGAGCCAUUUUAGCCGAUAAAAAUGAAAAGGAUUCUCCAAAAAAAUCUACUCCACAAAGUACAAAAUUAACAUCAGUGAUGGAGACGCCAAAGAGUUCAAGAAAACUUAAUAAAAAUAAUAUUCAAGAAAUACUUUCAAUGGAAUUGAAAGAAAAUUCAGAUGACGAGUUACCUACACUAAUUAUUAGAGAGCAUAUUCCGUCCACCCCAAAAAGAAAAACACCUCAACUUAAAUUAAGUGAUGAAACUCCAAAGAAAGUACUAGUAUUUGAGGAAGAAGAGAAAGAAACAUAUGCCACACGAUCAGGGAGAGUCACUAGACACCCAGUGUAUUGUGAAAAUGAUACUUCUCCUGUUAAACGGACCCAGAGACGAGCAAUUAGGAAAAGUAGUUCAAGCUGUGAUAGCGCAGAUGAAUAUAAGGAUGUACCAAUGACACCAAAGGUUCCUAAAACUCCAAAGACACCUAGAACUCCUAAAACACCCAGGACUCCUAGGACUAGAAGUUCUGUUGCUAAAACACCGAAAAGUGUUAAAAGAAUAUUGACUAGUGAGCUAACACCAACAUUACACAUGAGAACUCAUUCUGUUGAUAAUAUUGAGGAAUUUCUCACAGAAAGUAAAUCUUUACCAGGUAGAGAAAACCAAAUGCAUGAAAUAUUGUCAUUUGUGCGAAGCAAGUUGUUGCAUGCCGUAAGCGGGUGCAUGUAUAUCUCAGGAGUACCGGGUACUGGAAAGACAGCAACUGUUAAUUCAGCUCUUAAAGUUUUAAAAGAGGAACCAGAUCUUCCUGAAUUCCAACUUGUUGAAGUAAAUGGUAUGAGGAUCGCCGAACCCAGACAAGCCUAUGUGCAAAUAUACAAACAACUAACAGGAAAGUCUGUGGUGUGGGAACAAGCCUGCUCUCUUCUGGAAAAACGUUUCCAAAACCCAGGACCGAGAAGGACACCAACAGUUCUGGUUGUUGAUGAGCUAGAUGCCCUAUGCAACAGGCGUCAGGACGUACUUUAUAGUAUAAUGGAGUGGGCUGCUCACAACACUGCAUUACUGACUGUCUUAGCUGUAGCCAAUACUAUGGACUUACCAGAACGAGCACUAGCGGCUAGAGUAGCCUCCCGACUGGGUCUCACUAGACUGACAUUCCCACCCUACACUCACACACAACUACAGUGUAUUGUAGCUACAAGGCUAGCUGGUGCUAAUGUCACUGCAGAUGCUGUCCAACUUAUAGCUAGAAAAGUAGCAGCAGUAUCGGGUGACGCUCGUCGUGCCCUAGCCUUAUGCUCUCGUGCAUUAGAAAUAGCGAGACCAAACUGCGCUGGAAUGAAAGAAGUACAGCAGGCCCUUGGUGAAGCUGCAUCUGGAGCCACUAUCAGAGCGAUACGAAACUGUUCACCGGCUGAGAGACUUAUGUUGAGAGCAGUGGCUGCAGAGGUUGAAAGAACAGGAUCAGACGAGACCACAUUAUCUCGUGCAUUAGCCACAGCGGCAGCUAUAGUUGCUUUGGAUGGCCGACCGUACAGAUCCGCACCUAGCAUUAGAGCACCGACUCCCUCGCAAGCACAAACUAUAUGUGCUAGACUAGCAGCUAUCAAGUUAUUACUGAUGGAGCCAAAACCAUCUGAACCAAGACUAUUACUCAAUGUUAGUGCAGAUGACGUACAUUAUGCAACUAAACAGAUCACUGUAUGAUUUAGAUAUAGAUAUACUGAUUUUAAUUUUUUUUUUUUCUCAUAAAUUGUAAUUUAAGUUUAGCUGAAUGCUGGUAGAGUUUAAGUAGUUAUGAAGCUGUUAGAAAUGAAUUUUUGUUCAAUUUAAUGUGCCUUUUUUUUAAUUUGUACAAUUUGUUUCAUGUUAAAAAAACAAGUGAAACAAGUAUUUUGUUAUUAUUAUUUUUUUAAUUACCUCAUUUGUUAUGAUCUGACUGAAUGUUAUUGUUUAAAAAUAUUAGGUGAAUUAAUAAAUUAUUUCUAUAA